UUGCAGCUUGAAGAGCUCCGAUGGCAGUCAACAAGGGCCCAACCUUGCUGGAUGGAGACCGCCCCGAGCAGGAGAACGUGCUGCAGCGGGUCCUACAGCUGCCCGUGGUGAGCGGCACCUGUGAGUGCUUCCAGAAGACCUACACCAGCACCAAGGAAGCCCACCCCCUGGUGGCCUCUGUAUGCAACGCCUAUGAGAAGGGUGUGCAGGGUGCCAGCAGCUUGGCGGCCUGGAGCAUGGAGCCAGUGGUCCGUAGGCUGUCCACCCAGUUCACAGCUGCCAACGAGCUGGCCUGCCGAGGCCUGGACCACCUGGAGGAAAAGAUCCCGGCCCUCCAGUAUCCUCCUGAAAAGAUCGCCUCUGAGCUGAAGGACACCAUCUCUACCCGCCUUCGCAGUGCCAGGAACAGCAUCAGUGUGCCCAUCACCAGCACUUCAGACAAAGUCCUAGGGGCUGCUCUGGUCAGCUGUGAGCUCGCCUGGGGGAUGGCCAAAGAUACUGCCGAAUAUGCUGCCAACACCCGAGCUGGCCGGCUGGCCUCUGGAGGGGCCGACUUGGCCUUGGGUGGUGUUGAGAAGGUGGUAGAGUUCCUCCUCCCUCCAGCCAAGGAAGAGUCAGCCCCUGCUCCAGGACACCAGCAUGCCCAGAAACCUCCCCAGGCCAAGCCGAGCCUCGUGAGCAGGGUUGGGGCCCUGGCCAACACUCUCUCUCAACACACCCUCCAGACCACAGCCCGGGCGCUGAAACAGGGCCAGGCCCUGGCCAUGUGGAUCCCAGGUGUGGCGCCCCUGAGCAGCCUGGCCCAGUGGGGCGCAUCGGUGGCCAUGCAGGUGGUGCCCCGGCGGGCAAGCGAGGUGCGGGUGGCCUGGCUGCACAACCUUACCGCCACCCGGGAGGAGGACCGCAAUGACCAGAUGGACACAGAGGGGGAGGAGACAGAGGAGGAGGAGGAAUCAGAGACCGAGGAGAGCAAGCUCGGUGAGGGAGCAGCCCUGCCUGGCCCGCAAGGCCUCCUGGGCAGUGUGGCGCACACCCUGCAGAAGGCCCUCCAGAGCACCAUCUCGGUUGUGACGUGGGUGCCCGCGGCGGUGCUGGGCACGGCAGGGAGGUUGCUGCACCUCACGCCGGCCCGUGCUAUCUCUUCGAGCAAGGGCAGGGCCAUGUCCCUGUCAGAUGCCCUGAAGGGUGUUACUGACAACGUGGUGGAUACGGUGGUGCACUACGUGCCGCUCCCCAGGCUGUCGCUGAUGGAGCCCGAGAGCGAAUUCCGGGAGAUCGACAACCCGCCCGCCGAGUCCGAGCGCCGGGAAGCGGAGCGCAGGGGGUCCGGGGCGCCGCCUGCCGCCCCGGAGCCCGCCCCGCGCCCCGCGCCGCCCCGCGGCAGCCUGCGCAGCGCCCGGAGUCCGGGCGCGGAGGACCGGCUGGACCCGGCAGCCGCGCCGCGCCCCGCCUUCCCCGCCGUGCCCCGCGAGAAGCCGGCGCGCAGGGUCAGCGACAGCUUCUUCCGGCCCAGCGUCAUGGAGCCCAUCCUGGGCCGCACGCAGUACAGCCACCUGCGCAAGAAGAGCUGAG